UCCAAGAUGGCGGAAGAUGAGAUGAUCACUGGCGCUGGAUUACUUGCUUUAGCACUUAAAAAACAAGGUGUAGAGUUCAUGUUUGGUGUUGUGGGAAUACCAGUGAUAGAAGUAGCAAUGGCGGCACAAGCAGAAGGUAUUAAAUAUAUUGGAAUGAGGAAUGAGCAAGCGGCUUGUUAUGCUGCCUCAGCUAUAGGAUAUCUAACUGGAAGACCUGCAGUGUGUCUUGUUGUGUCUGGUCCUGGCUUAUUACAUGCCCUUGGUGGGAUGGCAAAUGCUAAUGAAAACUGCUGGCCAUUGCUUGUCAUUGGUGGUUCUAGUGAUGUUGACCAGGAAGGCAUGGGAGCUUUCCAGGAAUGUCCACAGGUAGAUGCUGCCAGGCCAUAUUCUAAAUUUUCAGCUCGACCCAGUGGAAUAGGACAGAUUGGUUUCUUUGUGGAAAAGGCUGUGAGAACAAGCAUGUAUGGAAGACCAGGAGCAUGCUACAUUGAUAUGCCUGGCAGUAUGAUCAAUGAUAAARUAGAGGCCUGCAAAGUGAGUACCCCAGCAUCAUGUCCCAAGCCUCCCAAGAGUCUUGCAGAACCUACUGCUGUAUCACAAGCUAUAGAUGUCAUGACCAAAGCUGAAAAACCUCUUGUUAUCAUUGGAAAAGGUGCUGCCUAUGCCAAUGCCGAAGACCCUGUUCGUGAUUUUAUCAAUACAUGCAAAGUCCCAUUUCUACCCACCCCUAUGGGGAAGGGUGUGGUACCUGAUGACCAUCCUUGUUGUGUUGCGGCUGCUAGAUCACAAGCUUUGUUGAAUGCUGAUGUUAUCAUCCUACUUGGUGCUCGCCUUAACUGGAUACUCCAUUUUGGAAAGCCACCGAGAUUCAGAAAAGAUGUGAAAAUCAUUCAGGUYGACUUACAUGCUGAAGAACUCAAUAAUAAUAUACAGUGCCAGGUGGCACUGCUUGGAGAUUUGAAAGCUGUCGUUGAACAGCUUAACAUGGAAGUAUCAAGACGUUACCAUAGUAACAGACGUGGCCAAUUGAGUGGAUCUCGUGAUUGGUUCAGGCAACUAAAAGYGAAAGCCGAAAAGAAUGUAAAUCUAAGCGAGGAGAUGUCAAAUGCUGAGACAAAUCCCAUGACAUACUACCAGGUGUUUGGCCAGGUCAAGAAAUUUCUUCCAGAGGAUUGUGUUAUUGUUAACGAAGGUGCCAAUACGAUGGACAUAGGAAGAACAAUGAUGCCAAACAGCCUCCCCCGGAAAAGACUUGAUGCGGGCACAUUUGGAACCAUGGGGGUAGGAACAGGGUUUGCCAUCGCUGCUGCAGUACUUGCCGAGAGACAAUCACAAGAAGGCAAACUUCCAAGAAGGGUAGUGUGCAUUCAAGGGGACAGCGCCUUUGGUUUUUCAGGAAUGGAGUUAGAAACGGCCUGCAGAUAUAACCUUCCAAUUGUAUUUAUCAUUGUCAAUAAUAAUGGUAUUUAUAGUGGACUGGACAAGGAGGCGUGGGAAUACUUGGAUAACCCUACGACAGAGGCACCCCCCACGGCACUCCUUCCUCAGGCUCGCUACGAACGAAUAAUYGAAGCAUUUGGUUGUCGAGGGUACUUCGCCGAAACUAAAUCAGAAUUACAAGAAGUUCUGAGAAAAGCCUUCAAGGAAACUAGUGAGAAGAAAAAACCUGUUUUGAUCAAUGUWAUGAUUGAUUCUACUGCUGGACGGAAACCACAGGAUUUUUUCUGGCUGACGCGAUCCAAGAUGUGAAUGUCUACAUAGACGAACUGUCAAAGGAACACAAGACAGCAACACCACGACAGGCAAACGAACACAACUCUUUUGGAGCCGUUCAGGCGUCGAACCAUUCAUGUACCAAAUACAAUCAGUAUAAAUUAAAACAAAUAUAAUGGGGGGGGAAAUGUGUGUCCAAUGGGGUCGGCACACGAGGAGUUCCAGACGUCUGAACUACGCCUUCUAUUUCAAUUUAUUUCAUUUUUUAAAAUAUGUUUUAUAUUAAAUGGCGGGAUUAGAUUAAAUGUGAUUAAAGGAGAGGAGUUGAUCACUGGAUUUGAUAUCCAACACGAAUAAAAUUUCAUUGUUAGAGGGACAUGAAAACCAAAAGGAAUU